AUCUAGCAUUAGUCAGUAUAACACAUUUUAAACUUGACUCAAAUAGUAUAGCGAUUUUAAAAAAAAAACUCUAAAACACAAAGUGCAUUUCUAUCUAAGCUAAUCAAAUCUGAUAAGACCUAAAAAAAAAACAAUGUGAGUUUUUUUGGCAACAAAUGACAUUGUCAGUCCCAGUUAAAGUAUCUUUAACAUAAUUUGCUCAUAUCAUUUAUAAUUGUUUGGACACAAAGAAAAGUUAAUCCACGUUGAUUCUUAAAAUAAAAAAAGAAUGCAAAAUAUAUCAUUCGAAAAUGGAAGUAUAAAUAGUACAGUGCGUAAAAUAUUCACUUGGUUAAUAAGUUUCACUCUUAAAUAAGACUGAUGGAAUGGUUUCUGUCCAAAUAUAUUUCCAUGCAAAUAGGGAAUGCAUUGUGAUUGUUUGUCUACAAUAGUCUUGGAAACUAUUUAUUUUUCGACAAGUAAUAUGUAGGAUUCAGCCUAGUGGAAAUCAAAGAUGGUUGUUGCUCUCAUAUACCUAUGCACUAAUUAUAUACCCACAAAAUCCAAAAAAAAAAACAACUUGUUCCUCUUGUAUAAAUGUACACUAAUUUAUUUUUCUCCAAAUAUUAAUCUUAUAAAGCAAUACAUUUGUGUUUGGUUAAACAAGAGACUAGACAAAACUAAAGAUGAGAAAGAUUUGACUCUAUAGUAGUGGAUAUCCUUUAAGAAUCAAGUGGGCACAGAAGCUAUGAAUGGGACCAAAUGACCUCUAUAAAUGUAGGCAGAUAUCCAUAGGAAACCCAAAGAAUUGCUUAAUUUACACCGUUGAGUUUAAAACUUUGGCCCCAAUAAAUUGAAAAGUUGGGACCAUGCCUUUUAAUUUGGACAUUUUUUCAACCCCCAUACAGCUAAGCCUCGUUACAGAAUUGAGGAAAAAUCUGAUAAUAAUGCCGCAUCUUUACCAUAAUAUCUAAAAAGGACCUCAUCUAUAUUCUCUUGCGUUUAAAACCUUCACCUAGGCAUCUUUCUGUUAAAUCCCUUGAUUAUAUCUAACAAACCCUAAUUCUAUAAAACUAGAAAGCAUAUAAAAUGUUUUUUUAUCAACUAUAAGUGAUACAAAUACAUAGAUAAUACAUAUGAAAAUAAAUAAAAAACAAAUAUUAUAAUGAAAAUAACUAGAAGGCAACAAUAGAUCAAUUGAAAUAAUUGUAGACACUUUUCCUUCAAAAAUCUAUAAAGUAUCAACUCUAAUAAUUUGUUUUGCGAGCUUUAAAUUUUCGUCGCAUCAGUAACACCAAUUUUAUUUGUUGUAUUACGUGGAGCUUAUCGUAGAUUAGAGUUAUAGAUAUUCUCCGGUAUAAAAUCAAGUGUAUGAGAAUAAAAAUGUGGGAUAAAAUGUUAUGGACUGACUGAUAAAUGAGUUUGAAUUCAACAGAGAGAUGGGCUUGUUUAUUCUCACCGAUCAAUUUAAUAGAGCUCGACCACGAUACGAGUUAUUAAUGGAUUCACACGACCGUUUAAGUUGGGUUUUUAAAAAGCGAGAUAGUCGGGCCUAAAAGGCCAUCUAACGGAAACUAAAACGGCGGCGUUUCAAAUAUGGCGGGAAAACGCACUUUGAGGCUUUUUUUUUUUUUUUGGCGCUGAAGUCCUUUAAAAAACAAAUUCAACAUUUUAUUAAAUUUCUAAUCGCCGCCGGGGAAGAAAAAUUCGCAGCUUCCACUGUUACCGGAGUCGAGAAUCCGUCUUCGAAGAUGAAAGGUCAGGAUCUCGAACUGGAGAAAGCUCGAUUGCUGAGCCUCGCCACCAGACUCGGAUUCGACGAAGAGUCCGCGAAGAAAUGCUUGGAUCGAUUCGUCGAUCUCUACGGUGAUGAUGGUCGAGAUUUCAUCACUGUUGCGUUAUGUGGGGACGAUUUUAUUGCGGCGUUGGCUGAUUUCGAGGAAGGAACUGAGGAAUGGGAUGACGUGCAGGCUUUAGAGACGGAAGCUCAGGGAACGUUGGGUGAGAUGUUUAAUAGAGGUAAUGCUAGUGAUAACGGAUUCGAGACUGAUGAUGGUGAGUCGAGUGUCCAAGUUCAUGUCAUUGAGGACUCUCCUGAGUCGAAGAAUAAACCUGACGUGAUGGAGCUGGAUUCUUCUAGUGAUUUUGAAGAUGAUGAUGAUGAUGAGGAUACGCAGUUCAAGGUUCCAAGGGGAGGUUCUAGAAGUCACUCUUUGAGAUCUAUGGAAUAUUCCAUGGAAGAUUCAGUUUCAACGAUUUCAGGCAGAAAACCUUCUGUACCUACAUCAGGCAAGGACCAUGAAACUCCAAGCUACGAAGAGUUGCAGGCGUUGGAUGAUCUGGAAUUCGCAAACUUGGUUAUUUUUGGGAACAAGGUGUUCCGGCCUCUGCAGCAUCAAGCAUGUAGAGCAUCUAUGGAAAAGAAGGAUUGCUUUGUUCUAAUGCCGACGGGAGGGGGAAAAAGUUUGUGUUACCAGCUUCCUGCAACACUGAAAGCUGGAGUUACCAUAGUUAUAUCUCCUCUCUUAUCGCUCAUCCAGGAUCAGAUAGUUGCGCUGAACCUCAAGUUCGGUGUACCAGCUACUUUUCUGAACUCUCAGCAAACAUCUUCCCAAGCAGCAAUUGUAUUACAAGAGCUCAGAAGUGAUAAUCCGUCAUGUAAACUCUUAUAUGUGACACCUGAGAAAAUCGCUGGAAGUUCAUCCUUUUUGGAGACGCUAAGAUGCUUAGAUCGCAAGGGCCUGCUGGCUGGUUUUGUGGUUGAUGAGGCUCAUUGCGUGAGCCAAUGGGGACAUGACUUCCGGCCAGACUACAGGGAACUGGGAUGUCUUAAACAGAACUUCCCCCGUGUUCCUGUGAUGGCUCUUACAGCCACGGCAACUGAAUCAGUCUGUCAGGACGUACUAAAAAGUCUGAGAAUCCCCAGGGCUCCGGUUCUCAAGAUGAGCUUUGACAGAACCAAUUUAAAGUACGAGGUGAUCAACAAGACCAAGGAGCCACUCAAACAGCUGCAAGAGCUGCUAAAAGACCGGUUCAAGGAUCAGUCUGGGAUUGUUUACUGUCUCUCCAAAAGCGAAUGUGUUGAUGUUGCCAAGUUUCUGAACGAGAAAUGCAAAGUGAAAACAGUUUAUUACCACGCUGGUAUGCCUGCGAAACAGAGAGUUGAUGUUCAGAGGAAAUGGCAAACAGGGGAGGUUCGUAUAGUUUGUGCGACCAUUGCAUUUGGGAUGGGGAUAGACAAAGCAGACGUGCGUUUCGUUAUACACAACACAUUGUCGAAGGCGAUAGAAAGCUACUACCAAGAGUCAGGCAGAGCAGGAAGGGACGGGCUUCAAGCGCAGUGCAUUUGCUUGUACCAGAAGAAAGAUUUUAGUAGAGUCGUCUGCAUGCUGCGUAAUGGACAAGGCAGAAACAUGGAUAGAUUCAAGUCAGCCAUGGCUCAGGCCAAGAAGAUGCAGCAAUACUGUGAGCUUAAGACAGAAUGCAGAAGACAGAUGUUACUAGACUACUUUGGAGAGUCAUUCGACCGAAGGAUUUGUAAAAGCAGUUUACAUCCGUGUGAUAACUGUGAAAAGAGCUGAAGUAAUCUUAGUCACAUCUUUGAUUACUUAACCUGUUAUGGAUGUAUAGUUUUGUUCAGUUGACCAUAGUGAUCUUUGCAUGCAUAAGCAUAAUCAAGUGCUUUGGAAGCAGCGUAGAAUGCUUGUUGGAAUGAGCUAUUUCUCAGAUACGCUUUAGCUCCCCCCAAGCUCUUUGGUCGCUAUGCCAUAACUAUUCGCACAUCGCUCAUAAGCGCUAAUCAAUUGCUUGUCAUUA